AUGCCAGUCCGCAAACGCGGACGGCGUCGUAGUAUGGACAACACUUUGGAGGCGCUAGAAGCAGAGCCAGAGCAGCGGACAUUGACACUUGACAAGCAGGCUGCAAGUCGCUUCAUCAAGCAUGGUCUUGCCGGAAAUGACAAAUUCGAUAUGGAGCGCAAAGAACAACAAGCGAAGGAGAAGGCGCGUGCCCAGUUGAAGGCAUCUUUAUUAGCCAAGAAGGCGGUAGCAGCAGCACCUGAGAGCUCAUCGAAGAAAUCUGCGGACGAUUCCGCAUCUGGCUCAGACAGUGAGUCCGAUAGUGGUGAAACAGCGAAGGCAACAACACAGUCCGGAGAUUUGGCGAAGAAGAGCAAAGAGAUGAAAGUAGAUAAGACCGCCAAGCGUGAAUCUGCCAAGAACAAGAAGAAGCGCAGCAAGGAUGAUCGCAAAGAGGAGCAAAAGGAACGGAGAAAGAAAAAGCAAGAAUCUCGGAAAGCAAGGAAGGCACAAUGA